CACGCGGGUCGAGGCGACGACGGCCGCGAUGGUGUGGCGUCGAUUGGCGUGCAUCACCGUGUCUUCUCUUCCGGAUUUUGCCCGCUUCAUACAAGACCCUCCCUCAAAACUGCCAAGCGGCUAGCGGCAAUGGCCAUGGCGCACGACGAAGUGCUUGCCGGCUACUCGUAUGCUGUCCUGCAAUAUAAGGUCGAGAGAUGCAAAGGUCACCUGAUUCGGCGGUAGUGCUCCUUCAUUCGCAUUCGCAAGAUCACCAAUCACUCCACGAUGUCCCUCUUUUCGCGAUCUGGCAAUGGUGGCAGCAGGGGCGGUGGAAGCGGCCUGGCUUCAUACCGUCUCGUAGGCGGUGCUGAACGCCUUGACGAGAAGUUCGCCUCAAAGAAGAGGAAGUCGAUGUCGUUGAAGAGGAUCCUGUCGCUCCUUGUGGGAGGGCUUUUCGCCCUGUGGACCCUGUCCACCAUACUCGGAGGCCACGGCGAGAUAGAUCGCGGGCAUGAUGUCGAGGCCGUGCCAAAUACCGUCCACUUUGUAAUUCUGGGCGACAAGGACCACUUCAAGGUCAAUAUCGUCAACUGGCUGGCAGUCUGGUCAGCCCACCACUGGAUGCAGCCCGAUGCCAUUUACGUGCACACCAACUACGACCCCUCGGUCAUCUCAGCGGCUCGCACAAACCCCUCGGACGCCUACACGCGCAGCCUAUUCCGCAUUCCCAGCGUCCGAUUCAAUCACGUUGUGGCCCCGCACGCAACCUCAAAUGGAACCGCCUUUACGGGAGGGUGGGCCCAUUCAUCCGACUUUAUCCGCACGGAGGUCAUGGCAGAGCACGGUGGUGUCUACCUGGACAGCGACAGCUUCCUGCUGAGGGAUCUGGAGCCGUUGCGCACGAGCGGAUACAAGAUGAUCGUCGGGAGGCAAAGAUGGGGAGCUGUGAACCUGGCAGCAAUGCUCAGCGUGCCGUCGAGCACAUUGAUGAAGACGUAUCACAAGCUGAUGGACAAGACGUACAAUGGCUCGUGGGGAGGCCACUCCUUUGAGCUCCUCACGCGUCUUGUCGAGAUCUUUCAGCACAAGCCACGCGAAGUUCUACUCCUCCCGCAAGAGGCUCUGUUCCCCUUGAGCUGGGACGCAUCGGAUCUGCCUGCCCUGUACCAGCCAGUGUACAACGGGCCCAUCCCUCACAUACGGUAUGAGACGGACCUGGGGAAGGCAGAGGAGGCAUUCUCGUGGGGAGACUUCCAUGAUGAGGUCAAGUCGCCCGUCAUCGACUGGGCGAAGUCGUACAACGUGCAUGGCUGGCUUUCUGGCCUCUUUGAUACCAGGUACAUCUCCGUAGCCACUCGUCGCGAGUGGUUCGGGUCAGAGACCGGGGACAUCAAUCUCGACUAUUUGAUCAGGAGGGAGAGCAACUUUGCCAACGCGGUGUGGCCGGCUCUGAGGGCAGCGAUUCUGCAAGGCGUCGUCGAAGUGAGCCAGGAGCAAAAGCUGGCAGCCAUAACGGACGCGCAGCUUUGGCCCAUCUUGUCGUGAGCGCGCACAUACCAGCUUUCGUCAAUCGCAGAACACAUUCGCAGCACCAAGUUUUGGUUAGUGAGCGCGGAUCAGGGAGUGCUUAUCAGCGAGAUGGAUAUGCAAGAUGAAUUGUGCGACUAUAAGAUGCGGAU